AUGUCCCUCCGUCUUGAGAACGGUGUCGGGUGCUGCUACGAUGGUGGCUCCGCUACAACCUCGCCGACCUCAGAUGUCGAUACCGCCCCACCAGUCAGCCCGGGACACGGAGAUAGCACCAGCAGAGUGUGCUCGAAGGAAAACCUACUCGGCGUGUCAUGCAGGACCAUGGUCCUGGGGCAGAUCCUGAGCCUGCUGAUCGCCAUGAUGUCGAUCAGCGCGGCGAGCCUGGACGACAGAGGCAUCUCGAUCCCCUCGUUUGUCAAUUUCGUCAACUACAGCUUCAUCAUGGCGCUCUUUUUCUUCCCGAUGCUGUUCAGCUGGUUUCAGGGCUCGCUGCAGCUCACGCUGCCGUGGUGGAGAUAUGCCUUCUACGCGCUGGUUGACGUGGAAGCCAACACGCUUGCGGUGCUGGCCUACAGAUACACGUCGAUUACGAGCGUGGCGAUGCUCGACGCCUUCAGCAUUCCUGCCGUGAUGAUACUGUCGCGCUUGCUGUUGCGAGCGCAGUACAAUGAGAAGCACAUGACGGGGGUAGGUCUGUGCGUGGUGGGGCUAGCGCUGACCAUCGUGUCCGACCUCCAGGGAGACGAGGCGGAUAGCGGCCACCCGCACGCGUUCAAGGGAGACGUGCUCUGCAUCCUCGGGGCCACGUUGUACGCUGGCUCCAACGUCAUGCAGGAAGACUUCGUCAAGAACUACAACCGGAGGGAAUUCCUUGGCAUGGCAGGGCUUUUCGGCACUGUUAUAUCCGGCGUGCAGACGCUUGCACUGGAGAAGCAAUUGUUGGCGGAGGUUGAGUGGACGCGGUCUGUCGUGCUCUUCACCUUCGGAUACGCCUUGAGCUUGUCGGUGCUGUACAGCUGGACGUCCCUCUUCCUGCAGGCGGGGGACGCGGCGAUGUUCAACCUAUCCCUCCUCACCUCGGACGUGUACGCGCUCCUCUUCUCCGUCCUGGUGGAGCACGCCACCCCGCACUGGCUAUAUUUCGUGGCCUUCGUGGUGAUAUUCUGCGGCCUGGUCGUCUACCACGGCCAGCCCCCGCCCACGUGCGCGGAGCCCCUGCCGCGGCUGGCGCUCGUCGAUGGUACCCCCGGGUCAUCGUGGUCGAGGGAGGGCGACGAUUGUGGUGGCCACAAGCGUGGCACCGGCCGUGCCUUCUUCGGCAUGCAGCGGAGGGAGUGCAGCGGGGAGAGCGCGGGCACGAGCAGCACCGCCACCUUCUGCAGCAGCGAGUUGUCGCCGGGUGCGAGCGUUUCCCCUUCUCCUCCGGCGAAGAACCCGUGGCUUGAUGUGGCUUCUUUGUGAUAUAUGCGUGUGUUGUCUCGGCCAGUGUGGCGCCGCGCGCCAGACCACACGCGGUGUUUUUGUGGCUAACACUUGUUGUUCGGGGGGUUUCCAACGGGGGUGCAUGUCUGUUGCGGGUGCUCUGUCGUGACACAUGGUGCGGGAUGACGUCAGCGUCGCAAUUUUAUUUUGCAGCCGUUACUAUUGUCUGCCCAACAAGGGCAUGGAAAGGCAGGGGCGUGACAAGCGGGCCAUCUUGAAGGAGGUCAUGUUGACUGAGGCGUUGAUCGUAUCCCGGGCUCUCUGCGCGUAUGUGCGAGGAGCCUUCCUGCGUUCCGCGUAUUGGUUGUGCCCAUGCGGUCAAUUGGUCAGUUUCGCGGUGUCCAUGACUUGAUGGAGCGGAGUGCGGGAAAGAGGGGCGGAGGAGACGUCGCCACGACGAUGAUCGCGGCGGGGGGAUGCACGUCCUGACGCUUACUCCAACUGUUCACGCAUCCUUCACGAACCCCAACAUUGUAUAGGUACCAAGUACCCCAUUUAGAGUUGUAUAGAUGUGUGGGUUGCUUUCUCCGGCGCGGGCGUUGAAAAUGUGUCUUUACUCUCUGGUAGUUGUUGGGCUGUUUUUAGGAGCUGGGGGACUGUAGAGAACAUCAAAUUUGUUUGCGCACAAUGUAUACUAGGCAUGCAUGGCAGAGAGAGUGGGGAAGAGAGGCACGAAACUUUUAAGAUUGGCUGUGUCCAACCGUAGCACGGCUCCACUGUGCUACCUGUUCCAUGUACGAGUGUAUACUCCCGAGGCACGUGUUAAUAGCGAACUUUUGCCGUGGCAUCAUUUCGUGUGGAACAAAAACGAGCAUCUCUCGUUGUUUGUGCUGGGGGUCUGGCGAGGGCAUCAGCCACGUCGUACAGUAUGCACUGCUGUGUUUUGCGUUGUUGUGUUUUUUUUUUCCUUCGUCAUUCCGCCUUCAGCGGUUGUGGGUCGGUCGACGGGGGCGACCCCCCAGCAAUAAACCGUUUUCUACACCCUGCCGGGUCACUUUUGCUCGCAGCGGUAAUAGACUCACGUACGUUCCCGUUGUGCGUGACGGAAGAGCGUCUCCUCGUGGAAGGGUGAAAAACGAGAGUGGUUGAAGGUGUGUGCAUAGGAGGAAUGAUGGUCCGACGCAUGUGUGCCUGUGACGACGUGAGGUUGGUGAUGCUCAUGAUGGUCACGAUUCUGUGUUGAUUGUGCGGGAGACAAACGCCAACGAGGCCUUUGCUUGUUGGCUGACAUGCUCCACCACGUACGGUAAGCAUGACAGGAGUUGGACGUGUGUGGCUUGAACAAGUUUAGCACAUGACGGCAAAAGCGGUCGUGGGUAUCAACGUAUCAACUCUUGUGCCACGGUUCGCGCAACGAACGGCGGUUUUUGGUGGACGUGGAGCAGGCUUACACAUCUGCUGGGAUUUUUGGAUCCAGAAAUGUACAUUAGUAAUUGUGGGCUGGUCUUUGGUACUUCUUUCUGGUCCGGUUUGUUGGCUAGGAACUUCUUUUGCAAAGCGGCGGCGGAGAUAUCUUGGUAUGUAGCGUCCACGUUUUUUUUCGCGGUUUCCCUUUCCGGGGCCCAGUAUUUUACUUCCAAGUUAAUUGCACGGAUGGAUGCGUAUGUACCUUGAAAAGUUUUUUCCCGUGGCUCUUAGUUGUCGAGGGGGGUUGGGGUAUAGGUGCAAACAAACAUUAAACAUUUUAUCGGCGCCAAGAAAGAGGCUCGUGGGGCCCAAAAUUGACGAUAUUUUUACGG